AUGUCUGCCGUGGCUCCCACUAUCCCCGGGGCUGACCCAGCAAAGGAUAUACAAAAACGCCGUGCUGGCAGUGUUGGGUCAGAUGAAGACGACGCAAGUGGUGGGAAAUAUACAAGGAUGGAGGAGGACAACAUUCAGGACAAGGAGAGAUUCGCAAGCCGCGAGAACCAUUGUGAAAUUGAACGUCGCCGAAGAAACAAGAUGACGGCAUACAUUACGGAACUAUCGGAUAUGGUUCCAACAUGCUCCGCCCUAGCGCGCAAGCCAGACAAACUAACCAUACUGCGUAUGGCAGUAGCCCAUAUGAAAGCCUUAAGAGGCACUGGCAACACUUCGACAGAUGGUACUUACAAACCGUCGUUUUUAACUGAUCAAGAACUGAAGCACUUGAUUCUGGAAGCAGCUGAUGGAUUUUUAUUCGUUGUCAGUUGCGACACUGGACGUAUUAUUUACGUCAGUGAUAGUAUAGCUCCAGUAUUGAACUACUCUCAGGGUGAGUGGUAUUCUUCUUGCUUAUAUGAUCAAGUACAUCCUGACGAUGUAGAAAAAGUUAGAGAACAGUUAAGCACUCAAGAACCGCAGAACACAGGUCGCAUAUUAGAUCUUAAGACGGGAACAGUGAAGAAAGAAGGUCAUCAAUCGUCUAUGCGUCAAGUGAUGGGCUCCCGUCGAGGUUUCAUAUGUCGUAUGCGUGUCGGAGGUUCUGCGGAAGGCGCUCACCUAGGAAGACUGCGUGCACGCAACUCGUUAGGUCCUUCGCAUGACGGUCAUAAUUAUGCCGUUGUCCAUUGCACUGGAUAUAUAAAAAAUUGGCCACCUACAGAUCUGUUUCCAGGUAUGCAGAUGGAUCGCCCUAUUCAGGAAGAACUUGACACGUCUCAUUGUUGCUUAGUUGCUAUUGGAAGAUUGCAGGUGACAUCUACACCAAAUUCUUCAGAGAACAGUUUAUGUAGUGGAGGAGUAGAGUUUGUGUCGCGGCAUUCAGUGGACGGCCGCUUCACGUUCGCAGACCAGCGUGCAACGCAGGUGGUUGGGUACGCGCCUGCCGAUCUACUGGGGAAACUAUGCUACGAAUUCUAUCAUCCCGAGGACCAACAACAUAUGAGAGAUAACUUUGACCAAGUAUUAAAACUUAAAGGACAAAUUAUAUCGCUCAUGUACCGGUUUCGCACGAAAAACAGAGAGUGGGUUUGGUUAAGAACUUCUGCCUUCGCCUUUUUGAAUCCUUAUAAUGACGAUGUCGAGUACAUUGUUUGCACAAACAUGUUGGCUAACCGGUCAUUAGGUAGUACUACUGGAGAACCUGCUCCGGAAGAAAACUACGACUACCAUUUACGGCAUCGUGACGUGUACCAAGCUCAAGCUCCGAAUCUCCAUCAGCAACACCACGCUCCACCGCCAGUGAGCGGAGGCGGCGGAGUGACGGCGCGGUCGCCGGGCGAGGCGGGCGUGGCGCCGGGCGCGCCGGCCGCGCCGCCGUACGCGCCGCACUACACGCCCGACUACUCGCCGCACCGCCCCGCCAACACGCCGCCGCACACCACCUGGACCACGCUGCGCACCAGCGGUGGCGCCGGCGGCGAAAGCUACGCGUACAGCAGCGAGGCCGGCGGCGGCGCGGGCGCGGCGGACGCGUCGCCGGCGCGCUCGCCGCCCGCGCCCGCCUACCUGCCGCCCGCCGCGCACUACCACCACAACCACCACCCACACCCCUCACACGGCAUGUGGUCGUGGCAGGGCGGCGCGGCCGGGCCGGCGGGGACGGGCGCGGCCGAGGGCGCGCAUGCGCCGCACGAGCUUACCGACAUGCUGCAGAUAUUGGACCAGAGCGGGACUGCUACCUUUGAAGAUCUAAACAUAAAUAUGUUCAAUUCGAACUUUGAGUAA